AUGCCUUCAGAAACAGAUCCCCGUGCCUAUGCAUACCUCGUUGGUGUUGGAGUGACCCACUCUAUCGCUCCGCCCAUGCACAACUACAUCGCAAACGCACUAGGCCAUGACUGGACAUUUCUGGCGAAAGAGUGUCCGACAGUUGAAGAUGCUGUGCAACUGUUUCGACGAUCUGACUUCGCUGGUGGAGUGGUGACUAUGCCUUACAAGCGCACCAUCAUGGACCACCUGGACGGUCUAGACGAAUACGCUAUCCGGCUGGGAGCGUGCAACAAUGUAUACCGGACGUCUGAAGGAAAAUUAAGAGGUACCAAUACAGACUGGCGAGGAAUUAAGGGAUGUUUGCUGGGAGCAAGCGCAGCAGGCAGGGGAAAGCCGGCGGUGCUCAUUGGGGCUGGAGGAGCUGCGCGGGCGGCAAUAUUCACCUUGCACGACCAACUAGAAUGUCAUCAGAUCUAUCUCGUGAAUAGGGACCACGAUGAAGUCAAGGUCCUCUUAGACGAAGCAAAAAAGGUGUAUGGCGAUAGCUUGGAAAUCAUUUACGUGGAACACGUCGAGCAGGUCACUACUCUUCCAUCGCCGUAUUACAUCGUGGGGACUGUUCCGGAUGCCGAACCCAGCACCCCGGAUGAGCUUCAGGUUCACCAAAUCAUUGGAUCAUUCUUGUCAACCCCUCAAGAGAAGGGCGUUCUACUCGAUAUGUGCUUCAAGCCACGAAAUACGCGGAUUCUGCAAGCUGGGGAGGCAAACGGUUGGAGGACCGUUGAGGGAACCGAGAUCAUUGGCCACCAAAUCCAUGAGCAGUAUCGGCUAUGGUGCAGCGAGGAAGAAAGUAAUAGAAUCCCUGUGAAUGAGGCCUGGACCGUGCUUCGCAAGGCAACCAAGGAAAGUCCGGCAAUCAAUUUCUAA